UCACCUCAGCGAAGCUCACAUUCUAACACCUAUCAAAAACAAUCAUCAUCGUCGUCGUCAUCACCAAUGGCUCUCAGAACCCUGAUCUCCAAUAAAACCCUAGGGUUAGGGUUAGGGUUUCGCCAUGCUCGAAGCCUCCAGACCUUCUCGCUUCCCGAUCUCCCCUACGAUUAUGGCGCCCUGGAGCCGGCGAUCAGCGGCGAGAUCAUGAAGAUCCAUCACCAAAAGCAUCAUCAGACCUACAUCACCAACUAUAACAAGGCUCUGGAGCAGCUCGAUGAGGCCAUGGCGAAGGGGGACUCGCCAAAGGUUGUUCAUCUCCAGAGCGCCAUCAAGUUCAACGGCGGAGGUCAUAUCAAUCACUCUGUAUUCUGGAAGAAUCUCAAGCCUGUCAAUGAGGGAGGUGGUGAACCCCCACAUGGUGCACUUGGUUGGGCUAUUGACACAGAUUUUGGUUCAAUGGAAACUCUAGUGCAAAAAAUGAACUCUGAAGGAGCUGCUUUGCAAGGUUCUGGUUGGGUGUGGCUGGCUCUGGAUAAGGAGGUGAAGAAAGUUAAGGUUGAAACCACUGCAAAUCAGGAUCCACUGGUGACUAAAGGUGCAAAUUUAGUUCCUUUGCUCGGGAUUGAUGUGUGGGAACAUGCAUACUAUUUGCAGUACAAAAAUGUUCGGCCAGAUUAUCUGAAGAACAUAUGGAAGGUCAUGAACUGGAAAUAUGCCAGCGAAGUCUACGAAAAGGAGAUCGCAUGAAGCUAGUUUAUUGUUCUUGUUUUCAUCUGCUUCAUAUGUUUUACUGUGAAAGCUUCUUUUUGCAUCGAAUAAGGUCGCCUCGGCUCCAGCCGAGGCUUGUUUUGUGUUUAUGGUGCACAGUUUUAAACCUAGUUUCUUGGAGCUAAGUCCUGUAUCAGUUUUAACGUUUCCUAUAAAUGGAGUAUUUAUCUUGUUGUGUGGAC